GCCGAGUUUUGGACUGACAUCUUACUGCUACACCUAUAUAUAUACCUUAUAGUUACUCUAAAUUUCUUUUACCUAUACAUAACAGUGUCUUCUCUGCAGCCUAUAUGACCUCUCAACUUGAUUAUUCCUGAUGCUAUCUACAUACUGUAGGCACGAAGGCUCUAUCAAUACCGGGCUUAUUAAGCGAGGCACGGCCCGUGGCUACACUCGAUUGCAGACUCGCCGUAGAACCUGCUCUGAUCCAAUAACCAGCCAAUCUUUCAUCGUCCGUCGCCACCUAUCCGCGCGCCAGCAAACCUUGAUCGUCCCUCCCGGCCGCCUUUUUCUUUUCCCAUUGGCAUCGGCAAGCCUGAAGAACACGGCGCUGGAAUUCGAAUUCACUGUUGAAAGUCCAAGUAAGCACCAGUUUGCUGCUCUCCCUCCUCCAGCUGCAAAGAGUGCUCGGCGUAAAGCAGCCUGGCUGGAACUGCAGUCUUCACAUGCAGAGAUCCCGUCUUUAUUAUUGACUGACUCAGCGACACCGUUAGCAGCGCCUGGCAGAACACGGUGCUUGUGCCUGAUCUCCCCCGUGGCCUCGAGAUAGCGAGCCAGCAGCGACUACUGCGUAGAUUCUAUUAAUAUCCCACCAGCUGGCCCCCGGCUGCAAAUCCGCACAGAUUGCCCUCCCGGGUUGCGGACUAUUGGAUCGUGUGCCUGACAGUGCAACUGGAUCCAGCGCCCAGUUCAUCUGCAUCUCACGUCAUUCCGCGACUGCAGCGCUGCCAACUAGG